AUGGCGUCCAAGAAAGUCCGCCAGAGGAUCAGCUAUGUCCUCGAAGAUGCCCGCUCUCUUGGCCACCGCCUCGGCGUUAAUGGCCUCGCUGUCGAUAGCGAGAACAACAUUUUAUACUCUGGUGGUCGUGACGGCGUAGUAUGUGCCUGGGAGCUGCAUCUCGACAAGCCGACACAGGCUCCCGCCAAACCCGACGACUCGUCCUCCUCACCAAACGACGGCUCCAAGAAGCCGGAGCCCGCCGCUCGCCCGCACAUCCAGACCGCCGUCUCGCGCGCCCAGACACAGGCCCAUACUCACUGGAUCAACGAUAUCACACUCGCCAGUAACAACUCCGCUCUCGUCACCGCCUCCAGCGACCUUCUCGUCAAGAUUUGGCGUCCCCGUGAAGGCGACAAUGACGACGAGCCCGCCAUCCUGGGCAAGCAUGCCGAUUACGUCAAGUGUGUUGCGUCACCAGGCCAGCAGUCGACCUGGGUUGCUUCCGGCGGCCUGGACCGUCGCAUUUGCCUGUGGGAUCUGCAGGGCGGCGGAAAGAUCCUCGAGAUUGAUGUCAGUGGCCAGGAGAACGCCGAGAAGGGCUCCGUCUAUGCGCUCCGCGCGAAUCACAAUGUGCUGGCCAGUGGUGGACCCGAGUCCACCGUCCGCCUCUGGGAUCCUCGUGCUGGGGGCAAGAACAUCACCAAGUUCGUCGGUCACACCGAUAACGUCCGUUCGAUCCUUGUCAACGACUCCGGUGACACGAUCAUGACCGCCAGCUCUGACCAGACCGUAAAAGUGUGGAGCGUCACUGCCGGUCGUUGCAUACAAACCCUGACCAUGCACAACGACAGCGUGUGGUCGCUGUACUCGGACGCGCCUGACCUGAGUGUCUUCUACAGCAGUGACCGUUCCGGCCUUGUUGUCAAGACGGACGUCCGCGGCAACCUCAACGACUGGGACAAUGGUCUUUCCGUUGCCGUGGCUCAGGAGCACAACAGUAUCAGCAAAGUUGUGGCCAGUAACGGUUAUAUUUGGACGGCGACGUCUAGCUCAUCCAUCAACCGCUGGGCUGAUGUCAACACAACCCCUGACGAGGAUUCAGCCUAUCAGGCACCCCGACCUUUCUCGCCUGCGAGCGAGACUGUACGCCCGCACAGCUCGUCCGUUUCGACCGUCACGGGUACCAAGCCAGCUCCGCGCGUUGUGCCUGCUGACAUCCCGGCCAAGUCGAUCCUGCGCAUUUCGAACACGGCCAUCUUCCCUGUCACGACUAGCGCCACCCCUGGCAGUCCUGGCGGAGCUUCUGCUGAUGGGGUUUCGGGUAGUCCUCCUGGCCCAGGAGUGAGCCGCAAAGGCAUCGAGAUUAUUCCUAACGGCGGAGACAAUGCACCCGAAGCUGUGGAGCCUAUGCACCGGCUACCCGUGGAGACGAUCGAAGGCAACUUUGGCUUGGUUAAGCACCGUCUCCUCAACGACCGUCGGCGUGUGCUGACGCUUGACACGGCUGGUGAGGUUAUUCUGUGGGACAUUAUUGCCUGCAAGCAGAUCCGCCAGUUUGGCAAGCGCCACCUUGAGGACGUUGAGCCCGAAGUCAACACAACCGAGGCCGUCGCACCUUGGUGCUCGGUCGACGUCAGUUCAGGCCAGCUCACAGUUGUCCUUGAGCAGUACAACUGUUUCGAUGCGGAGAUGUAUGCGGACGAGCUCGAGGCCAGCAACGAUGGCUCCGAUACAAAGGAUGCAGCUGAUUUCCGCGACGACCAGCGGAUCAACUUGGGCAAGUGGGUGCUGCGGUACCUGUUUGCUAACCUAAUUGACGAGGAAGUCCGCCGUGACGAGGCUCACCGGGCCAAGCUCAACGAGGCGGUCGAGAAGCGGGUCCAAGCUGUGGCAGCAGCAAGCAAACUCAGCAUGCUUGACGUUGGCUCAUCCCCCGUGGCCGCCAAUGGCGACUCGACCCACGCAGGAAAUGUUCCGCCGACGCCAGGUAUUGGAGUGGCUACACCUCUCCCAACAGCGUUGAAUUCGGCAGCAGGGGCGGUAACUGGCGGUACAGAGAAGGAGGACUACUUCUCAAAUGCCAUCACAUCUGUCGAGCCAACGACGCCUGGUCCGGGUGCGAUUCGGCCUGGGGGUACACCAGUGGCUGAUAUGCCGACAGCGACAGCGGCGGCUGAGGCGGCAGCAAAGAAAAAGGAAGAGGAAGCUGCUGCUGCCGCAGCAACCUCGUCCGGCAAGGGCGUGUUUGGCAAGAAGAUUCGGAUGGGCAUGUCUUUUGGAACUAAGAAAAUCAACCGCUCCGCGUCGACAAGCGUGCCAGAGAAGCCGGCAGCUGUGGCUGCGACAGCGGAUGAGCACAAGGCUGCCAACGGCACUCCUGGAGAAGACAAGUCGGAGUCUGCAUCGAGUCACGAAAAGGAAGUCGACGACUGCUUCGUGGGCGCCGUGCAGCGCAUGCACAACGACUAUGAGAAGCAACUGGCCGACAACCCAGACCGUUUCGUCGUGUCGCGCAUGCAGCCGUGCCAGCCCGACGAGGCACCUGUGCUGCGGAUCCCGGACAAGACCAAGGUCAUCAUCCAGGAGGAGCUCAAGGGCGGCAGUAUCGAGCUGUACCGGGGCACAGUCGGCGGUCUGGGUCAACCGAGCCAUGUCGACAAGAUCGAGCGUUGUGCACCCAUAUGGCUGGGCGAGGCGAUUCUCGCAAAUGCGGCGCCUAUCAAGGAGUCAACUAAGAUUUCAUUCCUUCUACUGCCGUACCACGACGAAUUACCGCCUUUGUCUGCGCCUGACGGCAGCAGCCGGUUGAACGCGAACCGGAUGCUGCGUGUUAAGAAGAUUUUGGCGUACGUGGCCGAGAAACUCGAGCCACCGGCACCAGCGCCAGCACCGUCCCCGGCGACCAUCCCACCGACGGUGGCCGAAGAGGCUGAGCAAGGCGAGGCGAAAGAGGGCUCCACGGCCGCUGCUGCCGCUGACGCUGCCACAUCUAAUCCGGCUGCGCCGCAGCCCGAGACCGAGGUCCUGAAGCCUGAAGAGUACCUUGAGCUCUACUGUAACGAACAGCGCCUUCCCCAUGCGAUGAGCCUGGCAACGGUUCGGGCACACAUUUGGAAGAACAGUAACGACAUUAUGCUGUAUUACAAGUCAAACGGCCGCAAGAAGCUACCGACAGCGGCUGAGGCCGCAGCGAAGGCGGCAGCAUCAGCGCCGGCCACAGAAGCUGUUGGAGAGGCUCCAGCCAACGGUGACGGUGCUGCAACUGAUGGCACAUCGUCUGGCGCGGUACCGGUUGCAGCAACGGCAACGGCAGCGGCAUAA